AACCAUUAAUUUCUACUUUGUUUCUGCUCUGAUUCGUGUUUUUCAAUGUGGGGUUUCUUUAUUUUAAUGAAUGGUUUCUUGAGAAAUCUGCAAGUUUUGAAAUCUGAUAUGGUGUCAGAUAAUGGGGAAAUAGGGAGAAGAAGAAGAAGAAAAGAAGAAGAAGAAGAAGGAAAAGUGCUUUUUGGCUUUGUCAAUAUAGAGGAGACAAUUGUUUAAUACCCAUUAGAUAUCUUUGGAAUGUCAGGGAAACGUCAAUAGCUCUGUAGUAGGCCUGAAACUUUCCCUGUGAGAGGGAUUUAUUGCAAUGGCGCUUCUCUUAGCCUCCUUUUUCUAGCUCCUUUUUUCUAGUUCCUUGGGUUCAGCCCCCUUGGUUCUCUGAGAUCAAUUCAUGGCUGUGGCAGCUUUGCUGCUGAGCCAUUUUCUUUUUUGGGUCUUUGAAUGUCUACCUUAUUACUUGGAGUUAUUUCAUCUGUUCAGAGUUCAUCGGUUGAUGGUAGAAGAGGAAAGAACUGAAGCAGGCUGGGAUAGCAAGAAGGAGUUGACCAUGACAUCGACUUCUUCUGCUGGGGGGAAGCAACUGGCCGUGGUUGAAGCUCCUUCUAACUGUGUUCCAUACCCGCCACCGCAAACGACGUAUGAGGAUCUCAUAGCCGAUCCCAAGCUCUUUAUGGCGUCCUUGGAAAAGCUCCAUUCUAUUAUGGGAACCAAGUUCAUGAUCCCCAUUAUUGGUGGGAAAGAACUGGACCUGCAUCGGCUUUUCGUGGAGGUCACUGCUCGUGGUGGCCUUGAGAAGGUUAUAAGAGAGAGAAGAUGGAAAGAAGUAACUUCAGUUUUCAAAUUUCCUUCGACAGCCACCAAUGCAUCUUUUGUGCUGAGGAAGUAUUAUCUCUCAUUAAUUCAUCAUUUUGAACAGAUUUACUUCUUUAAAGCCGUGGGAUGGACACCAAAAGUUUCUGAUUCCUCUCCAACCCCAAGUGCAGUGCCAAUUCCGACACAAGGGACGAUGACCUCUAUGUUGCCGCCAUCCAAUCGGCCAGCACCCCAGCAGCAGCCACAGACUACUGCAACCGAACUUCCAGCAGUUGCUCCGAGUUCGGUACCACCAGCGGGAGGGUUUCCGGUGGUUGGAGUCAUUGAUGGAAAAUUUGAAAGCGGAUAUCUCGUUACUGUUACUGUAGGAAAUGAGAAGCUAAAAGGUGUGCUUUAUAUGACUCCUCCAGAGCAACCUGCUCAACAAGUGUUCCAGCCUGGUAGUGUUUUCACCAAAGAUGGUACUACCUCCACUACACCAAGUGCUCAGCGCCGUCGUCGGAGGAAGAAAUCCGAGAUCAAACGAAGGGAUCCAGCUCAUCCAAAGCCGAAUAGAAGUGGCUACAAUUUCUUCUUCGCCGAGCAGCAUGCUAGACUCAAACCAUUACACCCAGGGAAGGACAGGGAGAUAAGCAGAAUGAUUGGUGAGCUUUGGAAUAAACUUAAUGAGACUGAAAAAACAGUUUAUCAGGAGAAAGCUAUGAAAGAUAAAGAACGAUACAGAAUUGAGAUGGAGAAUUACAGAGAGAAGCUGAGGACAGGCCAAAUCAUCAGUCAUGCAGUGCCAUUACAGCAGCUUCUUCCUGGGACAGACCUGAAUAUGGUCUAUGCUGCUGACAAAAACGAAGAAACCGAGGGUGGCGAACUUCCUCAUAUGCCGUAUAAUGAUACAAUUUAUGUUGAAGAUAAGGAGGAGGAAGAAGAGGAAGAGGAGGACGACGACGAUGAAGAAGAAGGUGCAGCAGCACCUCAAGGAGUUGGCAAUGUGGAUGUUAACGUCUUGGCUGAGGAGGAACGCUGCGAGACUAGACCAGAACCAACAGCAACAGCCAUUAUACAAGAGAGUAGCACGGUCAAGGACGAUAAGGAAGUUUUCGCCGGGCAUGCAGUGGUAAUGGUGGAUGUGGCAAAUGAAGAACCAGAACCAACACCAACAGCCAUUGUAGAAGAUAAGGAAGUUUUCGCCGGGGAUUCGAUGGUAAUGGUGGUGGCUGCAAAUGAAGAACCACAACCAACAGCUACAACCAUUAUAGAAGAUAAGGAAGUUUUCGCCGGGGAUUCAAUGGUAAUGGUGGAGGCUGCAAAUGAAGAACCACAACCAACAGCUACAACCAUUAUAGAAGAUAAGGAAGUUUUCGCCGGAGAUUCGAUGGUAAUGGUGGAGGCGGAAAAUGAAGAACCAGAACCAACAACAGCAGCCAUUAUAGAAGAUAAGGAAGUUUUCGCCGGGGAUUCGGUGGUAAUGAUGGAGGUGGCAAAUGAAGAACCAGAAGCAACAACCGCAGCCAUUGUAGAAGAUAAGGAGGUUUUCGCCGGGGAUUCGGUGGUAAUGAUGGAGGCGACAAAUGAAGGAACAGAAGCAACAAGAACAGACAUUAUAGAAGACAAGGAAGUUUUUGUCGGGGAUUCAUUGAUAAUGAUGGAGGCAGCAAAGGAAGAAGCAGAGCCAACAGCAACAGCCAUUAUAGAAGAUUAAGAUAGUAGCUAGCUUACCACCAUUCCAUUCAUUGUCUCUAGCUUACCACCAUUCAUUUCUUCUAACCUUCCAUUACUUGUAAAGAAUCUCUUUUGUUUUGGGAAGAAAUUUUGGUUGCCUUUUGUUCAACAUUUCAA